AGUAGAUCUGAAACGAAAACCAAAACAUUACGUAUAGAGAUAAUACAAAGAAAAGAAAAACAAUUAUUCGUCAAGCACGAAACGAACUUUAAUUGCGAAUUGCAAAAUAUUUACAUUAUUGAAGUCUCAAACUUGCAUCUAAGUUCGGGAUAAGAAAAUACAAAUUAAAAUCAACAUGUCACAUUCCGCCAGAGGAGUCGAUGCUUCGGCUUCGGUCAGCGCUUCCUCGACCAGUGGUCCUCAGCCACUUGUUAAAAUUGGACACUAUUCUUUGGGAGCAACUUUAGGAACUGGAACAUUUGGAAAAGUUAAAAUCGGUGAACAUCAGCUAACGAAGCACAAAGUUGCAAUUAAGAUUUUAAAUAGACAAAAGAUCAAGAGUCUCGAUGUUGUCGGGAAAAUCAGAAGGGAAAUACAAAACUUAAAAUUGUUCAGGCAUCCUCAUAUAAUAAAGUUAUAUCAGGUCAUCUCCACACCAAGUGAUAUCUUUAUGAUAAUGGAAUAUGUAAGUGGUGGAGAGCUUUUCGAUUAUAUAGUAAAAAAUGGCAAGCUGCAAGAACAUGAAGCCCGACGUUUCUUUCAACAAAUUAUAUCAGGAGUUGACUAUUGCCAUCGGCAUAUGAUAGUCCAUCGGGACUUGAAGCCAGAAAACCUGCUGCUUGAUCACAAUAUGCAUGUAAAGAUCGCUGAUUUUGGCCUUUCGAAUAUGAUGUUGGAUGGAGAGUUUUUGCGCACCUCAUGUGGUUCUCCUAACUAUGCUGCACCUGAGGUUAUUUCUGGAAAACUGUAUGCUGGACCCGAGGUAGACAUAUGGUCAUGUGGAGUGAUUCUGUACGCUUUGUUAUGCGGCACUCUUCCUUUCGAUGAUGAGCAUGUGCCAACACUAUUUAGGAAAAUAAAAUCCGGUAUUUUUCCUAUUCCCGAGUAUUUAAACAAACAGGUUGUUAACCUGGUGUGUCAGAUGCUGCAAGUCGAUCCUCUUAAAAGAGCUAAUAUUGAAGAAAUAAAGAAACACGAUUGGUUUCAAAAAGAUCUUCCAUCAUACCUCUUUCCAUCUUCAAUUGAACAGGAUAGCAAUGUAAUCGAUACCUAUGCUGUUUCGGAGGUUUGUGGAAAAUUUGGGGUGAAGGAGACCGAAGUUCACAACGCCCUGUUGAGUGGAGAUCCACACGAUCAGUUAGCCAUAGCUUAUCAUUUGAUUAUAGACAAUAAGCGCUUUGCUGAUGAACAAGCUAAAGCAGAAAUUACUAAUUUCUUUGUGGCCGGAAGCCCUCCGCCCGUUGUCCACUCACCAAAUGAAAGGUCACACGAUGCGGCCAGUGCUCUUAAUUCUGGUACCGCAGGAGCAGGAGUGAAUUCCAGCUUUAGGCCUCACCCAGAGCGAAUCGCUCCUCUAAGAGACCGUCAAUUUGCAAUGUCAGCUUUAAAUUCGACCUUUUCUGAUAGACCGAAAGGAACGCCAAUCAAACGAGCAAAAUGGCAUUUAGGUAUUCGUUCGCAAAGUAAACCAAACGAUAUUAUGCUUGAAGUGUAUAGAGCAAUGAAGGCAUUGGAUUAUGAAUGGAAAAUUAUAAAUCCAUAUCAUGUACGUGUCCGGCGGCAAAAUCAUCUCAAUGGGAAAUUCUCCAAGAUGUCUUUACAGCUAUAUCAAGUCGAUGCUAAGAGUUAUUUGCUCGAUUUUAAGUCACUCACUAAUGAUGAAGUAGAACAGGGUGAUGAUGUCAUUAUGGAAAGCCUUACUCCACCACCAAUAAUGAACAGUGGUAUUAUGCCACAACAACCAACAGGACACCACACUAUGGAAUUUUUCGAAAUGUGUGCUGCUCUUAUUAUUCAAUUGGCACGUUAGUCUUACUGUUGUCCCGCUAGCGACUUUGUUUAAAGUAUAUACAUACAUACCUAAAUAAAAAUUUAAUUAUAUUACCAAAAUA